AUGGCGAUUCGAAAGUCGCCAGGCAGUCGGAAGUGCCAUAUUCCAGUGUACGAAGCGAUUUGUAAUGGAAGGACAACUGCUCAGGGGGCAUGUAAUGAAGGGAGUUUGAUCUCUAAAAGAUCUGGAAGCGCUCAGAUAUGGGAAUACAUGUACCCGGCUGGUAAUUGCAUAUCACCGAACAGGUGUAGCUGCAGCAACAACUAUUUUUACGGCUCUGGAUCUAAAUGCAUAGCCUGUCCAACGAUAACAAAUUGUAUUGAAAUGCACUGUUCUGAUUCUGCUGCUUCAACGAUAUGUGCCAGCUGUGAAGGAGUUGUAAUGGAUAAGCCUUAUUACAGAGCAUAUGUUUCAAGUGACGAUAAAAAACAAUGUCGAAAGGCUUGUUCAUGGCGGAAUGAUAGUACGAGAUGUUACCCCGGUUACUGUGAUGGAGAGCUAGCAGAAAAUUGCAACUGUGCAAAGGGAUUCACUGGCAGACACUGUGAACAAAUGACAGAGUAUGCUGAUAUUCUCCAAAACCUUUUCAAGCUAAAAGAUAACCACCAUGUGUUGACCACCCCAUCGCAUUCGGUAGACCCUGGACCUCACCCUGUCGUUUGGACUAAUUACAAAGACUGGAAUCUUGCAGAAACAAAAUGGGACGCCAAAUAUUUAUUGAAGGAAAGGCCACAUAGCGAUGAAGACCAUUACAUUAAGGCGUUUGUCUAUGGCAUUAUAGAUGCCUCCACUACCCUUAAUUAUACAUAUACUGUUUUGGACCCUUUGAAGAACAUAAAUACGACGGAUACAAUGGACCAUUUCAAUUCAUCGACGGAAUCGAAUUCUACAGCGGAACAAGUUUUCAACAUCACUUACAUUCCCAGAAUGUCACAAAUCAUCUAUGUGUAUAAUUGUCCCCAAGCAUCACCAGCGAAACCAGCAACUUAUUCUUUUGAAUGCAAGAGAAUUUUUUCUCUGGAAUCUAAUUCGAAACCUUUCACCUUCAGCACUGGAGAUACGAUGACGUUCACCAUCAAGGCCAAAAUAGGAGGACAUCUUAUAAUGGAAAACCGAGAACAAAAUGUCAAUGAAACCCAUUAUCUAGUGGGAACCACCAAAACUUUACAAAACGUUUUUCGUUGGGACUUUGUUCCACCUUACCAUUGUUUGAUAAAUAUGAAGAUAAAUGAUGACUGCAAAGAUCCACUUGUUGUACCCGAUCUGACAGAAAAUCCCAUGAUUACAAUUACAUGGAAUGAUUGGCAUGACGAUCUUGCGGGAAUAAAAGAAUACCAUUAUGAGAUAUUGAUCAUCUCUAGCAGAAAUAAUAUUUUGCAAGAAGAUAGACUUCUCGAAUACAAUGGAACUGGAAUCAUUUACCUUAAUGAAUCAUCUAAAACAUUGAGACUUCCGGGAACUGCAGGUCUAUUCUCCAUCCAUCUGGUAGCUUAUGACAAGGCUGGAAAUUUUAAAACAACCAGGCGUUUUGUUCUGUACGACAGUGACUCUCGUGUCUCAUACAACCCACUCCACGUAACGCGUGUCCAAAGCGCAUCUGAGGAAACAAACUACACGUGGGUGAUUGAUGACACAAAGAUCGUUAAUGUACAAUGGACAAAGAGAUUUCGAAAUAUUCUGCAUGACCAUAACAAAUGGCUUGAUGAAAUUUCACCGAGUUAUGGAAUUACGAAGAGUUACGAUGAUUACUCUGGACAGCGACCCGUCACUAAAGUCAAUAAUGUUAACGGAUGUGUUGCUUUUAAGACAGAGUACUCUAUUUAUGACGGAGGAAAUUUAAAAGAUUUCAGACCGUUAGCUUCAGUGUACGAUAUAUCCAAAGAGUCUGAGUUACUUACAAUGAAUUGGUCUGAUGGCGACAAGGCAGUCAUUACAGUUGUUGCUGUAGACAUUUUUAACAAAACCUUGAAUGAUACUGUCACAGUUUACCGAGAUGCCUCGCCCCCGGUUAUAGAGAACCUGUGGUUAACACGAGGGGACGUUUUAAACGUCAGCGUACACAGACUGGAGGAUUUCACGCAAAUGACAAUUGAAUGGUUGGCGUAUGAUUAUCACAGUGGCCUAGAUAGUAUCUACUGGAAGUUGUAUGAUAAUUUUACAGGAGAAAUUAUUAUUCAUGGCCACGAAGAAUUGUUUGUCCAAGGAUCGUCUCAAGACUUUGCAGAAUGUGUUAAAAAAUAUGGUAAUUAUAGCAGAGGACCCAAAUGUUACCAAACAAACUAUUGGGGAGCUUAUCAUCGUCAUUUUCAAGUAAAGCUCGAAGUAAAGAGAGAUGGUGGACUCAUUCCUGGCAAAGAGAUUGCUGCACAUGAUUCUGAUUAUUUCCUGGAGGUUAAUGCGACAAACAAAGCUUUGUUAUCUUCAGUCCUAACGAAGAAGAUAACUGUUGAUAUUUCACCCCCACAAACCGGAACUGUACAAGAUGGUAUCAGAGGAACUGCUGAGGUGGACUUCCAACAAAGUAAGACGCUGAACGCUCACUGGGACGGCUUCUUUGACAAAGAGAGUGGUGUCUUGUUUUACAUGUAUGGCUUUCACUCAGAACCAAUACCUGCAGAUGCUUUUCAGUUAGAUGCCAGUGACCCUUUUUUUAAAGAAACAUAUGAGACGUAUGUAACUCACACAGUCGCCACUGAGGGGACGUAUUACGUUUGUGUUGUCGCCUUCAAUCGAGCUCUAGAGCCUUCUAAACCGGUCUGUUCUGAUGGUGUCACAGUAACUACUGCAGUACCAGCUGUGUCAGAGGUAGACAUUACCAACGCUCACGUUAGGGAAAGUUUAGUAACUGACGUAGGGAAAACAACUUAUUGGUUAGUCAGUAGAAACAGGCACAGAAGUUUAAUUGCUAAUCCAACAAAAGAUUGCGUGAGCAAGGCCGUACCAUUAUCUGACGUGGACAUCUACCCCAUUAAAUACCACAAAAAUGGUUCAUAUGUUAAAGUGAAUGGAUCAGUGUUUUGUGCAAAUACUUCAAAAACGCCCGGAAUAUCGAGCCCUGUAUUAUCUAAAUCAUCACAUAUCACCCUGUUAUGGUCCGCCAAUGAAUCAAACAUCCAUGAUUAUGAGGUUGGCUUAGGCACAGUAGCAGGAAGCACAGCUCCAGAUAUACUUCCAUUUAGAUCUACAAAACAACAUCGUCAUAUUCACCUGAGGCAUACUGAUUUACCAGAGGGGGAACCUUUUUAUUUCAUUAUAAAAACCAUCAGCAGGUCCAAUAUUGAAGGCAUACAGUCUAUAGGGCCUUGUUUCGUUGAUAUAACGCCGCCAGUUUUCUCUCCACCAAUAAAAAUCAACUAUCAUAAUGGACAUCUUAUAGCCUUUUGGAAUUCAAGCAGUUUUACAGAUGCAGAGGAUUCUUUUCUUCCAUCUCUUCAAUGCGCUGUCGGUCAUACUCCCACGGGCACACAGAUUCAGAAUUAUUCCCCACCAAAGGCAGGUGGUACCUGUAUUCUAACAGAACCACCAACAUGUACUGCUAUCACUAUAAAUGACACAGAGUGGGAACUUCAAGGUAACCACACGUACUACGUCACAAUAAAAGCAGAAAACACCGCUGGUCUCUCUGUGUUUGGUGUUUCAGAACCUUAUAUCCAUAAUUUGCAGCUUCCAUCAACUGGGAUUGUUAUGGAUAUUGUGGACGUAGAAGAUAUUGACUAUACGUCUUCCAAAACUAGCCUUUCAGCAAGAUGGACAGGAUUUUCCCAUGCAUACCUUGAUGUAACGUACAAAUUUCAAGUAGGAACAUCACCUGGCGCUGCAGACGUUGUUCUACAUAGAGAUGUCGGGAAGAAUAAUUCCCAUACUGAGCAGGGGCUUUCUUUGGAAUUUUUCAAGACAUACUACGUUACUAUUACUGCCGUGACGUCUGCUGGAAGCGUUGAAGUGACCUCAGAUGGAAUUACAGUUGUUCAAGAGAACGCCUCUUUGUCUGGCAUAUCUGUUUUUGAUGGAGAACCAUGCAUUGUAUCAGGACGAAACACAAAUCAAAGUGUACUUCAUCACGAGUUGGAUAUAAGCGUAAAUUGCACGAACGAAACCGACUUUCAGUCUUCUACUGACACUUUGAAUGCUUACUGGACAAUCUCAGAAGAAACUUUAUUCUUCGCACCAGAUAUGUACUAUUCUAUCGAAAGAAAAUACCCUUACGACGAUGAUUGGAGUGUCCUUCAAGACUACACAUACAAUCAUGCUCAUCAGGAGGUUCAUAUUAAUGGACUCUUGUUAGAACCUGGGAAAAUGUAUCGCUUUGUAUUGAAACUAUGUGCUGGGAAAAUAUGUUACCUGCCGACACAUAGCAACGGCGUCGUUAUUCUAGCUAAUCCACCCGAACCUGGUGAUAUGAAAGUUGUUCACGAAAAUUCCUCUUCAGCUGAUAAGUUAAAGGUUACCAUGGAUAUGUUUAGGGAUCCAGAUAUACAAAUACUAACGGAAAAGUACGGUGUUAUAAAUAGAUAUGAAUGGGCCAUAACGGACCAAUCGGAUGUAGGGAGACUGCACAACAUGUGGAAGGAACUAACGGAUUUUGAAGUCAUACCAGGGAAAUACAAAAUUGAAUUUACAAUACCUUUGUCCGGCAAGUUAGAUUUUUCAAAAUGUCGUCGAUUAACAGUGAGGGGGUAUAAUAAGGCGGGGCUAUCCUCUACAGUCUCCGGAGAUAUCAAGGACUGCAGUGAUCCCCUGCUGAUCACACCAAACAUUGUCAUUGAUGCUGUGGGACCACAAGAUCCGAGCAGAGAUGGAUAUGGAGAACCAAUUUUAUUGAAAACAAAUGCUACAUGGCCAUAUCCUGACAUGGACUAUACACCUAACAAGAACUACAUAUCAGCUGUAUGGCCUUCUCUUCGAUAUAUUGCAUACACUGUGGCUGUUAUUAAGGUCCAAAAUAUAAAUGUCACGACUUACUACAAACUAUCGUCUUCUCUAUCAUUCGCUGAUCCCUGUAAUCACUCGGAUUGUAUCAGAUGUACACACACUGAUCGCGAAUUCAUCAAUAUAAAGUUUAGAGAAGGUGAACUUGAGCAUGGCCAACGUUAUAUAGUAUGUAUUCAUACGGACCAUACUGAAAUACACCACGAACAAUCUAGUCGAGUUCUACUAGAAAUAAAUGCAUGCAGUGACGGAGUUGUGGUUGAUCUCACUCCUCCAUCGAUGGGAGAUGUUUGGAUUGGAAGGCGAGGACAACGAUACCAGAUAUCUACAACUGACAUGUAUGUAGCCUGGGAUUCAUUUAAGGAUGUUGAAGAAAUUCAGACAAUAUCUCAUGCCUCUGGAGUGCAGUAUUACGAACUAGGAAUUGGUACCUUUAUUGGCGGAAAUGAUAUUGUUGCAUUCAGAGAUGUUGGAGUUACCAAUCAUAAAGCUAUACAUGGUCUAACCUUGCAAAGUGGUCACACAUAUUAUGCCACAAUAAAAGCAACUGAUUUUGUCAAUAGAACUACUACUCAAACAUCGUCACCAAUCCUUAUUGAUACCAGUCCGCCCUUAAAAUCUAACAAUCCUAUCACUUUAACUGGACGGCAUAUUACAUCUGUCUCGGAAAUCGAAGCAUGUUGGAAGGAUAUAUUUAGUGAUCCGGAGAGUGGUGUAGACUUCUACAUGUGGUCUAUUGGUUCCCAGCCCGCUUAUUCUGACAUGAUGGAUUACACCCGUGAGGAUUCCGAAUGUGGAAUUAAUGAUAAAAAGCACAGAUUGGAUAUCAAAGAAGGACACACAUAUUACAUAAAUGUUAAGGCCUUCAAUAAAGCCCACUUGGUGUCACUAGCGACCUCCUGGGCCCACAUAGUAGACCUCUCACCUCCUGUUAAAGGUUACGUGUUUGAACUUUCACCUUCAGGAAACAGUAAAUUGGAUAUAGAUUACCAAACAGAUAUGUCCAAAUUAAAGGUAUUCUGGGAGGGGUUCCAUGACCCACAUUCGUCAAUCAAAGAAUUCUUUGUUACCGUCGGAACUUGUCGUCGCUGUGAUGACGUAAUCGGACGUCAGAGUGUUGGCCUCGUGACUGAAAUGACGAUAGAUUAUGUCAAAUUUGGCUCGGGAUUAACCUAUUAUACAUCAGUAACAGCCUGUAACACUGCAGAAUUUUGUACCACAGCUUUCUCUGACGGCGUCAUCAUGGACAAUAGUCCUCCAAAUGUGGGCGUGGUUACAGACGGGACUUCCUCAAACGACAUAGAACAUCAGUCAAUCAAAAAUUGGAUUGGUGCCAAGUGGCAUGGUUUCACUGAUCCACAGUCUGGAAUAUCUCAUUAUGUUUGGUGGGCAGGGACCACGCCUGGGGGAAAAGAUAUUCUUACGGAAAAAGAAGUUGAUCUGGUUGAAGAGGCAACAGCUUAUAAUUUUUCACAGGAACUACCAUUAUCAAAACGUAUCUACGUAACAGUUAGAGCAUAUAACAAAGCGGGAUUAUUUGUUGAUGGUAUAUCUAAUGGAUUUUUUAUUGAUGAAACUCCUCCUGUAAUAACAAAUGGGCCUAAACUCACAAAAGGUUCCAGACUGAUUGAAAAUACACAGGUAUACAGAUCACUUGUAAAGAUCGAGUGGAACGUAACAGACCCAGAAUCACAUAUUGAAAGACAGUACCUGUCUCUGAAAUCCCAUAUUGGCGGUGACUUUAGCUUGUCUUCUACCCAGAUAAAUGGUAUUGCACGGGAUUUCGUUCUCAGUGGACUUAAACUGCAUGACGGAGUCACAUACUUCGUUACCUUAAUAUCUUGUAAUGAAGCUCAUUUGUGUUCUUCGAGUACCUCUUCUGGGAUUCAAGUGGAUAGUACUCCUCCAACUGAAGGUACUUUUGCGAUACAGACCGACCAUGCUGUUGACAUAGAAUUAAGCCGCCAUGUAUCUGGUUUCAUGACCUGGUCGGAAUAUGAUUUGAACCUUGCCUGGUUAGGAUUCUCGGACGCUCACUCAGAUAUUUCACACUACUUUGUCAGUAUUGGUUCAUUUUACAUGGGAGACGACUUAAACGCUGAGUCUGGUGUUCCAAUGAGAGUUAACCAUAGCACAACAGGAGUCGAUAAAUACGACGAAGGAAGGAUUCAGGCAUACAGAAUUUCUACUCAGAAUCUAUCUGCAUAUGACAAAUUGUACAUAAGUUUGUGGGCCGUAAACAAGGUAGGACUAUCAAGUCCCAUAAUUUACUCAAAAUUUACGAAGUUGCCUGGUGGAGUUCUAUCAUUAGUGAGGCGAUGUGAGGCUGAGGAUUGUGAAGGACAAUGUCUCUGUGCUCCUCAAGACAAAGUUUGCCACCAUAAUGAUUCCCUAUGUAAUGACGUUACAAUUGGAAAUAUAAACAACCUGAUAAAUGUAUCAGACGUGACUUUUGGGGUAUCGGAUUUACACUUUACACCCAGUAAUACUGUGCUGCAAGGCCGUUGGUCCAUAGUCGAUAGACAAGGCAGUCAUCCAUUCAUGUACCAGUGGAGCGUUGGUUUUACAGAACAUGACAUGCCAUUUGGAAUAUUUGAUCCGCAGAACGAUACUGUGUGGAUCGACGCAGGACAGAACAAUUCUACCACUUACAUUACAGCCCCAGGUCAGUAUUUAACGGAGGACGUCUCCUAUUCUGUAUUUGUAAGAGCCUGGUACAACAAAACCACGUAUGCCGUCUUCAAGUCGAAGGGAGUCACUGUAGAAACGGCAGAACUUGCAGCCUUCAAUAUUUCAGAAGGCAGCAUAACUGAAACAAUGGACGGAAGUACCAUGAAAGAUGAUGAUUAUGUGAAGGGUGGCAUUGCAUUAAUGGUGAAUUGGACAGAUAUGUUUACAGACAACCGGGAUUCUAUAAAAUCCUACCAAGUUUACAUAAGCACAACGCCAGGAGGCUACGGUGUUUGGGACACUGAAGAAGAUAUACCAAACACAGAGACCACAUACAUGAUUAGUAGACUUUCUCUGUCCCCAGGAAUUCAGUACUUCACAAAUGUCAUAGUAUACGGCUUCUCAGGUGUCCACCACACAGAAUCCUCUGACGGAUUCAUAAUUGACGACGACAAACCAAGAUCCGGAAUAGUUUGGGAUGGAAUAGAUUUACAUGACUUGGAGUAUCAAAAUUCCUCGACCUCACUUCACGCUAGAUGGGAAGGAUUUUUAGACACAAUCUCUGGGAUUAGGAAUUACUUUUGGUGUGUAGGCAACACGACCACAAUAUCAUCAAUACACUCCAAUACUGAAUGCAACGUUUGGGAUUGGGAAAAUGUUGGGAUUGAAACUUCAGUUUCUAGAAAACUUGCGAAAGGAUUGGCUAAUGGGAAAUCCUUUUACAGCAAAGUCUACGCCAUGGACAACGUGGGAUACAAAUCUGAUAUAGCAGUUUCCAGUGGAGUCACUAUCGACACCACUCCACCAAAACCUGAAUACCUUUAUCAUACCAACAAAAAUCUUUUGUGGAAUCCUUCCUUUGAAUUAUCAAGAAAUUCAUUGGCAAUUGAAAAUAUCAAUGUCCAAAACAUCUGUUCACUUGGUAAUGACUUCAUUCCGGAUUACUGGAAUCUGACAUAUGACAGUUGUUCUGCUGUUGUGUCAUCUUUGAAGAAUUUUGCUAGAGAUGGAAACUCAUUUCUUUUUGUCAGAGGAAGUGUUAAGCAAGUCAUUUAUGGUCUUACUAUUGGAGAACUCUAUCGCGUCAUUUUCUUUACUAGCCAUCUUCCAAUAUUAUUGGAAACUGUAGCCAAUAAAGAAGUGUUUCUAAACAUUGGAAAAAAGAAACACGUGUUUCUUUUGUAUUCAAAGGCUUACAGACAUGAUGACCAAGAUGUAUCGGAAACUCGUGAAACUGUUUCCUGGCAAAAACAUAGCUUCUAUUUUACAGCAGAAAAUGAGAACACUGUUUUAGAAAUUGGCAGCACAGACAUAAAAAUAGGCCUGUUAAUCGACAACGUUACACUGCAAAGUGUAGAGAGGAACCUUAAGAACAGUACCGACUCUCACGGAUCUGCUUACGUUGUUUAUGUACAUCAAUGGGGUUCCAUACAUGGAGCCUGGAGUUUCUUUGAAGAUGUUAGCCCUAUUAUAGAAUAUCAAUGGGCGAUAGGAUACUCGGAAGGUGGAACACAGAUCCAGGGUUUGACCAGCGUUGGGCUGAACAAUUUUGGAAUAAAUACUAAUGUUACCUUAGUCCACAACACAUAUGUACAUGUGACAGUAGUUGCUACGAAUGCUGUUGGUCUUCUUGGCACCUCCUCUGCUCCUGUUCUUGUUGACUUGACGCCACCAAUUAUUUUCACUGUGAAUGACGGCAGACAUUUUUUUUCAGAUGAGGAUGCUUGGAAUGAUAAUAAAGUUAUCGUAAAUUUUGCAAGGAACGACGAGGAGUCGGGCAUUGACUAUUGCGAAUGGGCAAUUGGUUAUCAGCCAAGAGGAACAGAUUUACAGAAGUUCGAAAAAUUACCAUACAAAGAAACUUUUGUGGUUAAAGAUUUCAACUACAGUGUACUCGAAAAUAGAACCAUAUUCUCUACAAUUAGAUGUCACAAUCGCGCUGGUUUGUCAGCUUUUAAGUCUUCUGACGGUGUGAAGAUUUCAGUCCCAAAAUAACCAGUCACAAGUUCUUGCAACAACAAGAAGCAAUGUAAUCCACUUGAAUCCAGAGAAAAUUACUAUACAUAUAUACAAUGUUUUUCUUAACUUAUAUAUGACAGUUUCUUUAAUAUGAUAAUCAGUAAAAGUUGAAUAAGGAAUGUAUCGCAAUAUACUAGACAAGUACCAUUUCAAUACAAUAUACUUUUGGAUCUAUGUAAACUCGAAAAUGUUGCAAUCAUAACUGAGAUUCGAGGAUGAUCUACAAGGAAAUAGUCAAAUUCAAAAAUAAUGAUUCUUUUAAUGAAGUAUACAUAAAAAAGUAUAUAUAAAGUAUUUGUUAGGAAGCAUUACUUACCAGAAACAAACCAGUAAGUCCUGUAUGUAAUUACUUUCUGACCCGGAGCUUGCUCAAAGUACUUGGAUAGACCCUCACGGACUGAAGCACAAGCAAUACACUGGUGGACCUUGUAGCAUUAACCAUUAAUUAUAUAAAAAUUCUCUUUAUGAUUUAAUGUAGCAGUAAACCGCCUUUCAACCAUUUGUUGUACAAUAUCCUUUAAUUAUACUUAAGACAAUGUAUCGUAUAUCAUACAUGUAAUGCCGUCAUCCAUAAUUGAAAUGCAUUUUGUUUAAGUACGUAUAAUUCUGUCCACAUAUGGGCCAAUAUUCUUGUCUAAUCCGUACACAAAUAAUUCCUAAGAAAUUGCAAAGUCAAUAUUUUAAAGGGACUAAAAGUUUUAUCCAUAAUAGACAAGAUUUCGGAAAGUAUAGCAUCCGGAUUAGAUAGAUUAUACUGUGUUACCGUAUCAUUCAUGUCACAUUAAUCAUUAUUUGAUUUUAAUUCAAUAUUCCCAUGGCUACUGCAAUGCUUUUUAAAGCUUCAUCAUUGAAUAUUACUU